ACUUUCACAUUAGAUUCUGGAGACUUCCAUAAAGACCUUUCGGUCUAUAACAACUUGGUUUCUUUCGCAUCUCUUGGUUCUCAUGUGGACAAUUCCUUCGCAGGCCAAAAAGGAACCUAUUGCUUCCGAGUUCAUCCUCAAUUGCAUCACAAUAUAGGGUCAUUAUUACCUCAAGAUCCGAAUAACCCGUGUUUUGCGCAAAUAUUUAUUGUAGGAGAUGGAGCUGAGGAAGAACUUAAGAUACGUCAAAGUAAGGCAGAUGAGAAAGAUAAAGACAUUAAUCCUAAUCUUUUAAGACGGCUUCAAGAUAUUAUCAAUAAAUUCAAUCCUAUCGCGGUUUUUUUGAAAGAUAAUGCAGCUAUUAUCAACUCGGAUGAAACUACCCAAGUUGUAUUAAAGUCUCUUCCUCCCGGUAAACGCAAAAUGAAAACUUACGAUAAGCCUAGACCAUCAGAUGUAGCGGCGUUAGUACGAGGGACUGGAGAAAUUGAUUGUAAUCCUAGAGACGUUGUAUUGCGCCAUAAGGACGCCAAACUCGAACAUAUGACUGACCUUCACUCUGGGUUCCUCAGUGUCAGAUAUCCUUUAAUGCUCCCUUUUGCCUCACAGCAAUGGGAUGGGAUGUUUGUCUCUCCAACCAAAGGCUUGAAUGAAAAUUGUUAG